UCGCAACUAAUAUGGUCAGAAUCACGGAAGAACUGGUCAGGAAGAGAUCAGAACACAAUGAAGGAAUAAUCGGCACCUUGGAGGAGCUUUCCCUACACCAGGAGGACGUAGAGAAAAUCGAACACCUCAACAACUGGUGCAAGGACCUGCAGAUCCUCUACCUCCAGGCUAAUCUCAUCUCCAGAAUCGAGAACCUGAACAAGCUGAAGAAGCUCCAGUACCUCAACUUGGCUGUGAACAACAUCGAGACCAUCGAGAACUUGGAGAGGUGUGAGUCGUUGGAAAAACUGGACCUAACCUUGAACUUUAUAGGGGAUUUGGAGAGCGUAGCUUCGUUGAAGAACAACGUUCAUCUGAAGGACCUUUAUUUGACAGGCAAUCCUUGCUGCGAUUUCGAAGGUUACAGGGACUACGUCAUAGCCCAGCUCCCGCAGCUGCAGAACUUAGACCUGAAGGAGAUCAAGAUAAGCGACAGGAUAAAAGCGAAACAAACGUUCGACGAAGCGGAACGAAAGGUCAAACGGUGUCAAGAAGAGUACAGGCUACAAAGGGAGGAACAAAAACGGCGCGUUUCGCAAAAAUCUACAGUAAACUUAUCCGACGACGAGUUCUGGAAGUCCACCAGCGAAAACUGCCCCGAAACGAGGGUGGAAAUCGCUCGUCGGUCCAGCAAAGCCAAGGGGGGUACCGAUAACAAAGAAGAGAAACCGAAAAAGAGACUGUCGCUAUUCAACAAGGACGGACGACCAUUGAACGUGAACCAGGCGAAGCUCAAUUUCACUUUCAGCGACGACGACCCCGAGCAGUUCGUCCUGGACGUCGUGAUUUACAAAUUCCUCGACACGAACCUGAUCGAAGUCGACCUACAGCCGAUUUACGUCAAGUUGACCGUGAAAGGGAAGAUCUUUCAAAUGGUCCUUCCGGAAGAGGUACACGUCGAGAGGAGCACGGCGCAACGAUCGCAGACCACGGGUCAUUUGGUUUUGAAGAUGCCGCGCGUGAACUACAAACCAACAAAACAUAAAGUCUUUCUUAGAGCGAACGACAGAAAGGAGAUUACCGAAAAGACGGAAGAAAGGAAGGCGGAGUACCUCGAGGUUGAAGAAAAGGAAGACAUGGACUUUAGCAAGAUCGUGGAGAAUAGCUGUAAAGCUAAGGAUCUGUACGGCAAUCCGGAAGUGCCCCCGUUGGAGUACGGAUAGUCCUGUAGUUAAUAUUUGUUUCAAUAUAUAGUUUGCCAGGUUAUGUGUCAAGAAAAUUAUUUAUAAGA